GUCGUCGGUGUGACACUAACAAUAAUAACAAGUAUUAAAAUUAAAACAAUUUCAGCAAUAAAUAUACAUUAAUAAUAUAAAUAUAUCACAAAAAAAAAUAACAAUAAUAUUUACCAACCGUUAACACAAUAAAGUCUAACUAAUAGUAAUAUCUUUAGUUUAUGAUCAUAAUAAUAGCUUGACACUUGAUGGAUGACAAAUAAAAAAAUAAAAAUGUAAAUGAUAAUAAUUUAUAUUAUAAUAAUGAUAUAUCGUCGGCCGUCGUCGUUCCUUCUGUCACACCGUCCCCCCCGCGCCAUUUAUUAACGUACGGUAACGAAAACGAAUUUUAUCCGCGAAACUUUCGAUUACCAACAAUGUUCGUAAUAUCAUUAUGUACCCGUCGGACACGUCCAAGUAUAGACGUCAAAUGUUGAUCCGAAUAAAUGUUUUCCUGGCAUUGGUAAUAGGCAGUGGCCUGCUUUCGUUGGGAAUUAUCUAUUGCCUUAUAUCAAAUAAUGGUACUCCUAAACAAGAACUUCAACUAUCAAACAAUAAAGAGUUUCAGCUCUUUGGAUCUGCUGAAUCCGAACACAAUAUAAAUCUUAUUAAUAAGUUGAAAAAGGACCUGGCUAUUGCAAAUGAGAAAAUAGAACAACUUGAAAACAAGAUGCAAGGAUUUGAUGAACGUAUUAGAAAGCCUUAUCCCAAUGUCAAAUAUUUAAACUAUCGUUCGAAAAAGCGUAUUCUGGUCACUGGUGGUGCUGGUUUUGUUGGAUCUCAUUUGGUCGAUAAAUUGAUGAAAGCUGGUCAUGACAUUACUGUCGUAGAUAAUUUUUUCACUGGUGUUAAAGCAAAUGUUGAACAGUGGAUUGGCCAUGCUAACUUUGAGUUAAUUCAUCAAGAUAUAGUCAAUCCUCUCUUUGUUGAAGUAGAUGAGAUUUAUCAUUUAGCUUCACCUGCAUCACCUCCACAUUACAUGUUCAACCCAGUAAAAACAAUUAAGACUAACACGAUAGGAACAAUUAAUAUGUUAGGAUUAGCGAAGCGAGUCGGUGCCAAAGUCUUGAUUGCCAGCACUUCUGAAGUUUAUGGUGAUCCUGAAGUACAUCCACAGCCAGAAACUUAUUGGGGACAUGUCAAUCCAAUUGGUCCACGGGCUUGUUAUGAUGAAGGUAAAAGAGUUUCAGAAACAUUGAGUUAUGCAUAUGCAAAGCAUGAAAAAGUAUCUGUACGUGUCGCUAGAAUAUUUAAUACCCAUGGACCUCGAAUGCAUAUGAAUGACGGACGAGUAGUUUCCAACUUUAUAUUACAAGCACUUCGAAAUGAGCCGAUUACUGUGUAUGGUAGAGGUAAUCAAACACGUUCAUUUCAAUAUGUAUCUGAUCUAGUAAAUGGAUUAAUUGCCUUAAUGGAUUCCAAUUAUACCCAGCCAGUCAAUCUUGGAAACCCAACUGAACAUACUAUCAACGAAUUUGCUGUAAUCAUUAAAGGACUGGUUGGUGGAAAAAGUAAAGUAAUUACAACACCUGCUGUAGAAGAUGACCCACAAAGAAGAAAACCAGAUAUUACAAGAGCAAUGACUUACCUAAAUUGGAAACCUAAGGUGGGCUUAAAAGAAGGUUUAAAAAUGACAAUUGAUUAUUUUAAACAAGAAAUAAAGAAAUCACAAAAAAAUGUUUGAUAUACAAUAUUUAAAUAUUAUAUUAUAUUACUUACGAGUUAUUCAUUUUUAUUUCAAUUGGUGUGAAUAAUAAUGUUUUUAUAUGUUUUAUACAAUUAAUUUAUUUUAAAUUUGUUAAUAAUUGAAUUUCAACUGAUUCUAUGAAAAUUUAGCAUACUAUGUAAAUGUGACGAUUGUUUUUUA